UUCUCCAAUUCAAUUCACCUCUCAUCUCUUCUCAUUUUAUCAUCAUUUUCUCCCACCCCAAUUUCUGUUUUUCUUUGUUGUUUUGGCUAUUAUUCAACUGGCUUCCAUUGGUAAAAGUUCCAGAGAGUUGCGGUUAAGGAGGAGCUAAAAUUUUGGAGUUAAAGCCGUGACAAUAUAUGUGACAAAAAACUUUGGUAUUCAUUCCACGCACAAUGUCAACGUGUUUAUAUAUAAACACUGGGUUUUUAAUCAGUAUUUGUAAAAGUUCACAAUUUAAGGUACUUUUCCAAGAAUUGCGUUUGGUAGGAUCAAUUCGAGUCUACAUGUCGACGGUCUACGACAACUGGGAGAGGUUGACAGCCGCCGUCAUCCGCCGAGAGGAGCUCUGGGAACUCUUUCAUGCCCCCUCCAGGACUUCGAGUUUAAGCUCCAUAGCAUCGGAUUACAGUACCAGCUCCCGUUAGAGUCCUUCAUCACGUCUCGAAUUUUCUUCAUACUUACCCAGUGUAAUCAAAUCCAUAGGUUCUAUCAGAGUUGACAAAGGAAACUCUGAUCUUGUAUAUAUUGAGAAUUCCGUUCCUGCAUUUGAUCUUGAAGAUUUGUUGGAGGCGUCUUGGGAAUUCAUUGGGGACGACGGGCUUUCAUUCAGUUCUACGUUCGCAGCCACGCUGAGCGACGGAACUAUGAUUGUGUUAAAGAAGUUGAAGAUUGGGAGAGUUGCAAACGAGGUGUUCGAUGAAAAGAUGGCAAUUGUCAGAAGUAUCGAUAAUGAAAAUGUAGCUUCACUACGGGGCUACUUCUUUGCUGAGGAUGGUGUGUGGGGGCUGUACGAUUACUUCAGUCAAGGGAGUGUAUCUGUAAUGUUACACGGGAAAAGAGGGGGUAAUCGGGUUCAUUUAGACUGGGAAACACUGAUUAGAAUUGCAAUUGGUGCAGCAAGGGGUCUUGCUUAGAUUCACACACAAUGUUUUGGAAAGCUUGUCCAUGGAAAUAUAAAAGCAUCGAACAUUUUCCUCAACUCGCAACAAUAUGGCUGUGUGGCUGAUUAUGACUUGGCAAGCCUGAUAAAUCCAAGUGCCAAACUACUUAAUCGAAAUUCUGGGUACCGUGCCCCAGAAAUUUUCGGCAAUAAGGUGUCCCAGGCAUCUGAUGUGUACAGCUUUGGCAUCCUGCUGGUUGAACUUCUUACUGGAAGGUCCCCAAAGCACAUUAGUCGUGCACAUAAAAGCUUUGGCGAUUUGGGCGCAUCUUCAUGCUCAAGUCGGAUUGAGUUUUCAGGUCUACAACUUACAACUUCUAAGAAAUCCCAUUGUAAAACAAGCAAUGUGGAACAUGUUGGAAAUUGCAAUACCUUGUCUAGCAAAGAAACCAGAAAACAGACCAAAGAUGUCUGAUGUGGUGGAGAUUCUGGAGCUUAUGUUAGAGCCAUAAUUGGACAGCAUUAAUGGAAUUCACUAGUUUGUAAAAUCUGAAAUCGGUUUAGUAUAUAUUUUGGAGUUAUUCCUUCCCAAAUUCAUCACUCUUCAGAUCUCAGUUCUAGUUUCUGUUCAGGUUUGGUAUACCUUUUGUCAGAUGACCCGUUGAACGGCAUCAUAUAAAGUUAAACUGUUAGAAGACUUCAA